GGAGGGAGGGGAGGAGGGGGAGGGGGAGGAGGGGGAGGAGGAGGAGGACACGGGGAGGCGGCUGCUGCUGCUGCUGCCGGGCAGAGAGGAGUCGUGCCGGAGCUGCGGCGGCACUCGGACGCCACAUUCCCCCCGUACGGGACUGGCGGGGAGGAUGAGCGAGAGCUGAGCUUGCUGCCGGAGCUGCUAAGUCCCCCUUCCUCCUCCUCCUUCUCCUCCUCCACCUCCUCCCCUGCUGUGGGUGAACCUGCGCUACGGGCUCUUCACCGACCCGGGGAGGGGGCUGGUUUGUUUGUGUAUUUGUUUAAGGAACAGAGAGAGAGGGGGAGAGAGAGAGAGAGAGAGGGAGAGAUCUUCCAUCCGUUGAAGCACAGUUCACUAUGAUCGUACUCGCAUUCAGCACUGGAAGCCGGUUGGAUUUCGUGUCUCGGUCCAGGGUGUUUUUCUUGCAAACCUUCCUUUGGAUUUUAUGUGCUACAGUGUGCAAAGCGGAGCAGUAUUUCAAUGUGGAGGUAUGGUUACAAAAGUAUGGCUACCUUCCACCAACUGACCCCAGAAUGUCGGUGUUGCGCUCUGCAGAAACCAUGCAAUCAGCUAUAGCUGCCAUGCAGCAGUUCUAUGGCAUUAAUAUGACAGGAAAAGUGGACAGGAACACAAUUGACUGGAUGAAGAAGCCUCGAUGUGGUGUGCCUGACCAAACAAGAGGUAGCUCUAAAUUUAACAUUCGUCGGAAACGAUAUGCGUUAACAGGACAGAAGUGGCAGCACAAACAUAUCACUUACAGCAUUAAGAACGUCACUCCAAAAGUAGGUGAUGCUGAAACUCGUAAAGCCAUUCGCCGUGCCUUUGAUGUGUGGCAGAAUGUAACUCCUCUAACAUUUGAAGAAGUUCCUUAUAUUGAAUUAGAAAAUGGCAAGAGGGACGUGGAUAUUACAAUCAUUUUUGCAUCAGGUUUUCAUGGAGACAGUUCUCCCUUUGACGGGGAGGGAGGAUUUUUGGCCCAUGCAUAUUUUCCUGGGCCAGGAAUUGGGGGAGACACUCAUUUUGACUCAGAUGAGCCAUGGACUUUGGGAAAUCCUAAUCAUGAUGGAAAUGAUCUGUUUCUAGUUGCUGUGCAUGAACUGGGACAUGCUCUGGGCUUGGAGCAUUCUAAUGAUCCCACAGCAAUCAUGGCUCCAUUUUACCAGUAUAUGGAAACUGAUAACUUCAAACUGCCUAACGAUGAUUUACAGGGCAUCCAGAAGAUAUAUGGUCCCCCUGACAGGAUCCCACCACCAACAAGACCUCUGCCAACAGUGCCCCCACAUCGUUCGAUCCCUCCAGCAGACCCGCGGAAGAAUGACAGACAACCUAAACCUCCCCGGCCACCCACUGGUGAUAAACCUUCCUAUCCUGGGGCCAAACCUAACAUCUGUGAUGGGAACUUCAACACUCUGGCUAUUCUUCGCCGGGAAAUGUUUGUUUUCAAGGAUCAGUGGUUUUGGCGAGUCAGAAACAACAGGGUUAUGGAUGGAUAUCCCAUGCAGAUUACCUAUUUCUGGAGAGGACUGCCUCCCAGCAUUGAUGCAGUUUAUGAAAACAGUGAUGGGAAUUUUGUCUUCUUUAAAGGUAACAAGUUCUGGGUUUUCAAGGACACUACUCUCCAGCCAGGGUAUCCUCAUGAUUUGAUAACACUUGGAAGUGGAAUUCCUUCCCAUGGUAUUGAUUCAGCAAUUUGGUGGGAAGAUGUUGGGAAAACCUACUUCUUCAAAGGAGAUAGGUACUGGAGGUACAGUGAAGAAAUGAGAUCCAUGGACCCUGGUUAUCCCAAACCAAUCACAAUUUGGAAAGGUAUCCCAGAAUCUCCUCAGGGAGCCUUUGUCCACAAAGAAAAUGGCUUCACAUAUUUCUACAAAGGAAAAGAGUAUUGGAAAUUCAAUAACCAGAUGCUCAGAGUGGAACCUGGCUACCCCAGAUCCAUCCUCAAGGAUUUUAUGGGCUGUGAUGGACCAACAGACCGAGACAAAGAUCGACACAGCCCUCAAGAUGACGUUGACAUUGUCAUCAAAUUGGACAACACAGCCAGCACUGUGAAAGCCAUAGCCAUCGUCAUUCCUUGCAUCCUGGCCUUGUGCCUCCUUGUCUUGGUUUACACUGUGUUCCAGUUCAAAAGGAAAGGAACACCCCGCCACAUACUGUACUGCAAACGCUCUAUGCAAGAGUGGGUGUGAUGUAGGGUUUUGUUGUUUUUCUUUCCCUCCCAGGAGUUUGUGGUAACUUGAGGUUCAACACAAGAGCUGUUAUGCAGUUUCCUAGCUAGGAGCAGGCAUCUGUCGGUCUGAAACAAAGCUGAUCUUUAAAACCCAGGGGGUUGCCUGUCCUGCGCAUGAGUGGCGAUUUGCUCAGCUGGGAAGCUUCCAUGAUACAAAGUAUCUGCUGUUUCUUCAGUCCUUUGUCUUUCUUUGUCAUUCAAUUUAGGCCUUUCCUCUGCACGCUAAAUGCCCGAUAAACUAUCAGGAUUAACUAAUGAAGAGGAAAAAUAAAAAAUCUCCAAUGUUUCUACAUUUUUCCCUUAAGGCCUGUUCCCCUUUGAAAAUUUUUUUGCUGAAGGUCAAUUUUUUUAGAAAAAAUACAACAACCCACAAUGGAACUUUCAGGAAAGUGAGAAGACCCAAAACAGCUUUGUCUCCAAAGAGGAUUGCUUUCUGUCUGCUAUGGAUAAAGUCCUAUACUCCUACUUCCAGUUUGUCAGGUGGGAGACCCGGAUGACACGCAGGACUUCAGACUGUUCGGACAGCCAUUUUCCAACAAACAAGGGGCCAAAAUAUCUGCAAUAUAGUAACAGCCUUAAUAAUACAUUCAUUUUGUGUUUUAUACAGCUGCUCUGGGCUAUGUCCUCAAUGUUUUAAACUCAUUUAUAUUCAUUACUAUAUUCAAGCGGAAUCUUUUUAUUGAUUUGUUUGAUUUGGGGUUGGUUUUCCUGCAUAAUUUUUCCCAAGCUGUACCAAGCCAACUGCCCCAGGCCUUUCACAGGUCUGUCAGGAGCACUCAUUCCAAAGCAUGGUAAAAAGCAGUGUGUCUCUGAAGUGGAUUUCAAUGAACUAAAGCAACAGUCAUGCUGUAGAGAAACUUGACACUGGUAUUACUUUGGUGUAACCCUUUGAGAACUAUUGCAUCGGUUUUCAGAGUCUGGUGGAUGUUAAUCUUGGUUGUCAUUAAAUUACAGGAUUGUGUUUCGGAAAUACAGGUUUUAAAAGAAUUUUUUAAAAAUAAAUAAAUAAAUAAAUAAAUAAACUGAUUUCCUGUGACUGCAAGUGAGUGUUUUUAAUUACUUGCAUUAUUGAUACAAAAGCAUUUAUAACAUAAAGAGAAAACAAACUAUAUUUACCAGCUACUUUCUGGUUAAAUGAACCAAACAUAUUUUAAUAUCUUCUACCACUUACCAAGGAUUUUUCUGAACUGGCUACAGUUUUAUAGCUUAGCCUUUUAUCUUAAGCAUCUUGAAUUUCUCUUUUAAACUAUGUUGCAUGAUAAUUCAAUUUGCCUCUUCAGAGGUAUAGUUAAAGUUUCAAAGGAAAACUAAAAUGAUGACUCUGAUAUUGCAUGAAUAUCCUCUGGUGUGUUACCCCCUUGCAUGUUCACCAUAGUUCUCAAAGGGUUAGUCAAAUCUCUGGCCUUUAGCUGAACGUGAUAUCACUGGCAGAGCCAAGGGACCACCAAAGCAUUUUGUCAUUACGUGUAAUUUGUGCUAACAGCAGUAUUGUCAUUUUCAUGUGACCUGCAGAGCAGGUUUGUAUCAAUAUUUUUUUCCUAGAGAAAAGUCAGCAACUGACAGACCUCUUUAUUGAUUUUAGGAGCUGCUUCUUGCAGUGAUAGGCUUUACAGUCACUGAGCUGUGAACUUAUUAAAGAUGGUCAGAGUGAUGCACCCCAAAUGUCAGACACCUGGUUUUUUAUGAAAGCCAGGAUUUGAGGGGAGUAGCUUUUGCAACAAUGAACAGCUUGCCUUGAACUUGAUUAUUGACCUGUUGACUGUCAUUACCAAGUUAAACAUUGUCUUCUGUGAACAGCUUCACUGUCUGAAUUUCCUUAAAGUGUACUGUCCUAUGUCUUUGCUCUUUGACCUUUAACUUGCAAACUGGCACAAACUGAAUGGAAUCUGGUGUUGCUAAUGAUCUAAGAUGGGUUUAGUUUCUUAAAAGGCCUGAUGCACAUUAUCCAAAAUUAGAGAACAAAAUGUUGAAGUGUUUUCUUAGGAAAGAAAAGACAGAAACAAAAAUAUUUAUGAUAGAUCUGUAGAAAGGUAUUUUGCUAUGUAUACAUGCACACUCUAAAAAUGAACUACAGUAGAAAUGAUUUUUUAUUUAACUUGAAUACAAUUUUUCCAUAUAAAGUUAUCAUUUCUACAGAUAGCUAGUUAUUAAUGAAAAGGUUAUAGGAAAGUAUUAAAAUACUUGAAAUGGCCAAUAUCGGCUUUUACAUAAAAUGAGACUUUUGUACUACAUUCAGCCAAUUUCUUACUGAUUUCUUAAUUCAUGUAACUGGAUCAUUUUUUAGAGAGUGUAGGUAUAUAUACACAUAUAUUAUGGUUAUUAUUAUUUUGGUAAUGAAUAGCUUGACUGCCUUGAAUUUAUAUUUAUAUUGAGCAUAGCAUGAAAAAUAGUAUGCCUUUUUGUUCAAUUACAUGAUUUUAUAUUGAUUUGAGGACUUAUUUUAUGGACAUAAGUGGCAUGCUAUAAAGCAUUGCAAAUUGUUAUUUCUUAGAGCAUAAACAGAUAUACAUAUGUAACGGCUAACAGAAAUGAAGAUUAGAAAAAGAUAUAGUUUUAAAACAAAUAUGCAAUGCAGAUGGCAUUUUCGAGAUGUUUUGUAGAGGUACUGCAUACUGUAGGUUAGAAAUGCACCAGUAUCAGCCCAUAGCAUUAUUUAGUAAAUCCAAUUCAGUUGUUGCUGAAAAUAUAUAUUAAAUCACAGUUAAGUAACAUAGGGAAUUUACUGCACAUCUGCUCAUUUGGUGAAUUCGGAAUUCAAUGCCUUUUUGUCAUAUAUAUUAAUAUGUGUGUGUGUGCAUACAUUUAUAUAUUUAGAAAUGCAUACACACAUUCACAUACACAUACAUGCAUAUUUUAAUUCAUGCAUAGAUUUUUAUUGUCAGCAAUCUACUAUAACUUAUUUUGCUACAGACAGAACAAAAUGAUUCAUCACCCGUUCCAAUUUUGUCCCUUGGAGAGUUGGUGGAAAAUACUAACACUAUUUACUCUGCACUUGUUGGAAAACCUGUUCUCCUCUACAACAGGAGAACUGAUUUUAUAUUAUCUUUAUUUCAGAACAGCAUCUCAUCUGUUUUUUUUUGUUCACUUGAAAAUUUCACUUCAAGUUUGAAAUAUCUUUCAUGGCAGCUUUAACUUUUUGUGCAACUGUUUCCCUGAGAGUAAUGAAGUGCUGAGCAUGUUGACUGUUGUUUUUUGAUAAAGUAACAAAAAUGUUUGCAUUUGGAGAACUUAAUUUUAAUUAUGCAGGAAGGUAAGUGUGAUAAGUCUAGUGCUUGGUUUAUGGUACAUCAUAGAUACCUGAAUACACAAGUUGAUUAUUUUCUUUUAUUCUAAAGUGCAUAUAUAUUAUAUACAGAGAGGGAAAAGUAAUAUUAUAUUGGCAUGUUUAUGUCAUGCAGAGCAAGAUUUUGUCAGCAUUUCUCUUAUAUAAUCCUAUUUUCAGUAGGUUAUAACACAGUCAUAAAGGUUUGUUUUAAGUAAAAAAUGUAGGAGCAAUUGUGGUGGUCUUUCCAAAUACAUGUUGGCUGACUUUGAAUUAUGGAAGUUCAGAUUAAAUUAGUGGUGUUGCCUGAUUUAGUUUUGAACUCAAACAAGUAAAAGUUCUAAGACAAUGUUAUUUUUUGAACAGUUGUUUUCCUACCAGAGCCUACAAGCACUAAUCUAAAACAAACUAAUCUAAAACAAAGUGAUUGAGUUCUUCAAUCUGGGUUCCUAUUCACAUGUUGUAACUUUUCACAUAAAUUUUUUAAUAAGCUUUUCCAUAUUGCUACUGUCACGAUCUGUACUGUGGAACAAUACAAAACUGAAUAUUAAUUGUGUUAAUCAGUUACAGUCUAUCAAGCUGACUAUGCAGAGCUGUGUGUCUUCAAAAUACUAUGGUCUGUAUGACACAGGAGGCCAGAGUAGAUAACAUAACUGUUUCACCUGGCCUUUUAAUGUAUAAAGCUAUGAAAAGGUUAUUGACUGUAACAUAUUGACACAAUAUAUAUAUUUUUUUUCAAAAAAUACACUUAAAAAAGUAUGUAACUGUAUAUUUACUGGAUAGCCUGAGAUGGGGAGACUCAAAUGGCUCCAAAGGAGCCCUUUCAAGUCUCCUGAACAAAUGUAAUACACGUUUUAUAUCUUCCUAUGAAUUUUUGUUCUUUUUCUUUUUUCAAAGUGGAGUAAAGGGAGGGAAUAAUUAAAGAAAAAAAAAAAAAAAAGAAAAAAAAAGAAAAAGAAAAGCUACUUUUGUGAAUGAAAAUGACAGAAAUUAAUAUAUUCAAACAUAAGGGGCAGAUUUACACUUUCUCUUGGCAGUGUACUUCACCUCCCAGUUGUUUGGCCAAGACUCUUGUGCUAUGAGCACUCUGGAUUAAGAACAGAGUGUAAGAAUUAAUUUUGAAUUUUCAGAUUUUUUUGGCUUACUUCACAAUCCUAAUGUCAGUUAAAUGUAGUUUUUGGUACCAAAUUAUAUAGAAUAGAGUUCUAGCUUGUUGGUUAGAAAAAAAAUGUGUGUAGGGUAGAAGGUAGGUCUGCCUAAAAGCAACGGAAAUAUUACUUUCCUAUUCUACUUUUUUGUUAUUAUUAUUAUUAUUAUUAUUAUUGCAUUUGAACCAUCACUAGGGCAAAGCUUAAAAAAAAAGCCAAAUAGAAAACUGAACAGUGAAUGUUCCAGUCACUGCAUUUUUAAGAAAGUAUAAAUGCAAACUAUCACACCAUUAGCAGCCUAAAUUGGAGAUAGCACAAGAUAACCAGCCUGAAGAAGGAUAUGGCUGCAGGGGCUUGCUCUCUCCCAGCUUACAUAUAUUCUUAGAAUGAGGCCUAAGUUUUAUCACCAAUUGCAGAGGUGGAGGAAGCUGCGUACCAUAGUAGUAAGAGAUUUGAUGCAGCCAUUACAGAAAGAUAGCUCCCUGUUGCCUUUUGUUGUUGUCAAGACUGUCUUUGGACAGCUCUAUUUCCAGAAGUGUAAAUAGAAGACUGCAGUCCUAUGAGCCACAAGGAAAAUCAUUAUUAUCAGUGGAAGGAACAAAUGUCACUGGCCACUUAGGAGUUCAGCUAUGCUGUAAAUCAAAUAAUGUUUUGUGUGAGUCGAGGAACAGAUAACCUGUUAUUGAAUACAAUGCUAUAUCUGUGACUGAUAGACCAGUGUUGUUAUGUUAAGAAUACUUCCUUAGCUCAAAGCACACAGACUCUAGACAGAGUGGUUCAAACAAGAUAAGACCAUUUAAACAUAUGUCAGUUACAAAAUCAGGUGUAAAUGAACCAUAUAACAUAUAAACAUAAAAUUAGUAUCUGUUUAUGCAUAUAAAUCACUGAUUUGUCAGCCAAAGAUCUCAUAAAAAAAAAAAAAUGUAAUGUGUGAGUCCAAUCUCUCUAAUCCAUUCUUAUGACUUAUCCUCUGAGAUGUCAGAGACUGAGAGAUCGACAUUGUCAUCAGUGCCAUAGAUGCUGAAAAUGUCUGGUAAACAUCAAAAGUAUACCAUCAUUUGUUGUGGACUGGCUCCAUUUUACAAUUGACCUAAGGUAGACUCUAGUGUUGGACAGCAUAGAUUCUCUAUGACGUGUUAUUUGAGGUAUGUAUGUAACUAAGAAAGUACAAUGAUAACUGGAGUUUAUAUUUUGAAGGUUCAUCAGUAUGUGACCACAGUAAGCAUUUGUUCAUCAAAUCAAAAUGUCUUUCAAAGUAUGUAGACAGCAUUGAACACAAACAUCAUAAACAGGUUUUGACUUUCAGCAUUCAUAAGCUUUAGCAUAUCAUCUAGAAUUUGUAGUCAGUGGCAGUUGCCUAUCCUCUUGUUGAGAUAUGACAUUCUAUGUGAGGUGUUUAAAGUAUGUUGACCCUGUGCAUAUAGCCUUAAGUAUUAUUCUGGUCUGCCCAUAGUACAGAUGAAAUAAAUUUGAGAGACAGAUAAAAUAUAAAUGAAGAAAUGUUGAUUGAAACUAACAUACUAAACAGGAUUUUCUACACUUGGAUGUGCAUGCAGCACAGUGCUGCUUGCUGUCACACUACAUAAACUAACCAUUACAUAUGCCAGCCAUUUAUGAUGGCACAAAGCUUUCCAGUCAUACAGCUUAGUUUCUUCUGCUUCUGUAAAAUGACAUUGUCCACAGCUGGUAAUUAUAGUAGCCACCACAUAAACUAAAGUUUUCUAUUUAGUUAAUAGCCAUCUCUACCCUAUGAAAUUGCAUCAUUUCCUUUUUAUAACUACACCCUUAAUCUCUUUGGCAAGCUCUCAGCAUAUCUUAAUUCAUAGUCUUUCGUGCCCAAUAAAUAAAUAAAUAAAUAAAUAAAUAAAUAAAUAAAUUUCCUCUUGCAGUAAAAUAUAUACUGAGCAUUCUCUUCAUCUUGCCAUCUGGCACUGACACAUGGAAUAAUCACUUUUAUUCUGUGCCAUGCAUGUGUCCUGGAUCAGACAUUUGCCCAUCCAUCAUUCUGGGAACUGGGUUUCUGGGAAGUAGGAUUAGCAACAGAAGGCUGGUAUAAAAUAGCUUUAUGCAGUAACUGCUUAGACCUUAACAUUAUGACAACAGAGUUUGAAGAGUUUUUAGGGAAGUAAUAUAUUACUUACACACUGGUAACAAUGCACUGUAAUUCUGCCAAUCAAUGCAUGCUCAGCUGUGUUCGCCAUUUGCUGAGAGUAGCGUGUUAAAUCAGAAAAUAAUGUUUCCAAUCCAUAUUUCCAUCUUUAUGUAUUGACAUAGUUUAAAACCCAUACUAGACAUACUACACACAUACUUGUACUUACAUGGCUAUAAAUAGAAUUGCCAGACUUGCAGAAGCUGACAGUGCUUAGGGUCAGUAUGUAGUCAGUGCUAACUCAUUUAUAAGGUGUGAAAAAAAAAUGUUUCCCUUACUAUGAUUUCACAGCCUCAAAGAGAAAAAGGAGGUUGGCCAGUAGUGUAAAAUGGAGGUUUAAAAUACUCUAUUUUUCAGUGUUAACACUUACAUAUAAUAUGUAGCCCCCCCAAAAAAACACUAUUAUACAACUGACAUAUUCAAGAUUAAAUGCACAGCCCCAGCCCCACAUUUAUGCAUAAAAAGAAUCUAAACAGAUUCAUAUACUAUAUAUGCAGUGCUUGGCUAUUACUACAAAAUUUUCAGUGCUCACACUGAUCACAUUCAUAUUUUAUGGGAUCACCAUGUUGAAGUCAGCUCUGAGCAGUUUGUUUGCUUGGACAGAGAGUUAUACACAUUAGGAAAGCACUGUUAUAUGCAUUAGGAAAAGAUACAUUUGGUGGUGUGUAUUCAGAAGACAUCACCAGCAACCUACAGCACUGUUUUAAAUGAUUGUGGCAAACCAAAAUUCACACCUGAAAGGCAGAGCUGUGUUUGUAUAGCUGUGCUUCACCUUACAUAAUGAAGUGCUAUGAACUCAGGUCAUGAAUAAUAAGGCAGAUGAAAACUAUUAAAAACAAACAAACAAACAGACAACAAAAAUAACAGCCGUCAGGACAUUAAUUUUCAAUACUCACUCAGCUCACAGAAAUACCUGAGACUGCUAUACCCAAGAAAAUUUAAUUCUGAGUAGCAAUCCAGUAUUGAAGGAAUGUGUGAUGACACAAAUAACCUAUUCUCAGUUCUUACACUGUAUAAUGCAUUUGGUGAAAUACUGUCAACUAAGUAUAUGUCUAACAUCCAUCCUUUGUGUGUUUCUGAAACCAAGCAGACAUCUCUUGUCAAUUCAUGCUUAAAAGUUCGGACUUGUAGUGUCAUUCACUAUUACUGUCUUACUGUGUCUGAAUGAAAACUAUGUUAUAGGAUAGAUUGAGGACUAUGAAUCUCCCAUAAAAGAUACACAGGCCAUCAUCUGCUAUCUAUGUAUUCCUUUGAAGGUUGUUGUCCUUGGUUCAUGGUGAUGACAAAUACAGCUAUUUAGGACCAUUGAAAUCUUUCUUAGAGAAAACCUAUAUUAGUCAUGAAUUGUCUUUCCAAAACAUCUAGGAUCCACAGGACAGCCAACUAGGUCUUUUGAUCAAAGAAAUCAGGCAGACACAUGAAAAAGCAGGGGAAGUGCAUUUCUGUUUAUCAUUUCUAGAAGAAUACAAGAAAAGGAAUGAGAACACUUUGCUUCAUAACUGCAAAGGCAAAGCCAAUUUGACGGGUAGGGAAGGAACCAAAGAUGAUUGACACCACAGAAAAUUUCAUGUACCCACUACCUUGGUUACUGACAUUAGAACAAAAAGACAUAUUAUCAGGAACUCGGUGAUAGCUUUGAAAGUAUUAUUGAUUUCCAACAACAACAACAAAAAUAUACUUUUUACACUUUAGAAAGUCCACUGGAUUAUAUAUUUGAUGUCAUAUCCCACUGGUCAGUCAAAAAGGCACCUCAGUAGAGUUGCCCUAAAUCUGACUACAAAUAUAUAGAGAGCACAAUAAAUAUCUUCUACAAUUGUAAACCGUUCAAGGAAGGAUUAGUCAAACCAAUAUCCUGAAUCUAUGUGCAAAAACUUGUCACAGUUUUUACCCUUGUUUUUAGAAAUUAGAACCCCAUAGUUAUCCAUCACUUGAAGAACUGUGCUGGAUGAGAUGCUGAAGGAGAAUGAAGCCUUUACCCAUGUUAGUCUAUAUUACAGACAUGUAUCUUUAUUUCUAUAUCUCAGUCCUGAAAUAUUCGAUUUAAUAGAAACACAUCUAUGACAUCUGGAUGAAUCAUGUAUCUUUUUUUUUUUUUUUUUUUUUUUUUUUAAUUCAAAUUGAUAAAUAUGUUCAAAUUUCCAAUCCCUCCCCAUUUAUUUUUUUUCCACUGUGCCUUGACGUAUUUUCUGACUGAUUGAUACAAUUUUUAAUGUAUUCUGAUCUUCAUAGACAAGUGAGAAAUGGUCUCUUAACUCUACAGACGAAGAAAAUAAAAUUUUGUUGUCCACCUCAUUAAUGAUAUAUGUUUUCACAGACUAUCACUGGGAAAUGCAGCUUUUUGUCAAUGAUGUAAAGGUAGUACCUUCUCAAAAACACAUCAUAUGCACAUUACAGGAACUUGGAAUAUAUCUUUCACUAAAUCUUGUUCAUUGUCCAGUACCCCAACAGCUGAGCUCCAAGUUAUUCACUUCAGAUUGCUAAAGUCUCUGACAUCCAUUGGCACAGCCAUUCUUUAACUUUUAUAAAAAUCAUGUGGCACAGCCAGCACUGACCAUCAUAGACUUCAUGUUUGCAUCUCAUGGCUAUUCCAUUGGUCAUAAUGUAACAGCAAAGAGCUACCAUUUUUGAUGCCAGCCCUUGCACACUAUUUACCUCCAUAGUUUAUAUUGUCUGUGAGAGAUGGGAAGUCUAGAAAGCUGUAUUUUGAGAGUAUUGGUAUUAUUUGCAGUUGUACUAGUUCUUGUCUUUAACCUUUUCUCUUCCAUCUUUGCAUUCUGAUGCCUGUAAUUUAUACUAUAGCUACGCCAACAAUAAUUAUAGGACUGGACCCUCCUCUACACCAAGUCAGUUCAUAUACAGACAUCAACCACCAUUAAAUUAUAACUCUGGCAUAACAGACUAACACUGUUGCAUGGUUGAAUGUUUUCCUAUUAUGCAUUGUUUUCUGAAUUAUCCUAAUUUUUAGCUGUCAUAAACAGUGUAUUUAUGAAGAGCUCUCCCUAUCAUCUGCUACUGUAGGCUGGGAAUUAGAUUCAUUAUGCAGAUCAUUAACAGCUUGCAGAGAAAGGUGCAAGUGUUUGACUUCUGCAGGUUUACUGUACAUGGUGUAUUCCUACAUGCUCAGAAGAUGUUUAAGGGAGGUUAUGUUUGCUCUUUGCCAGUCCCGUGGUUGGUACUGUUAGUGGUUAAAGUGUGUAUGGCUGUUUUUUUUGGAUGUAGUCAAUCAGUUUGAUAUGUUUGUACAUACUUCUUGUACAUACAAGAAGUUUUUUUGUUUGUUUGUUUGUUUGUUUUUCCUACUACAUACACAUUCUUGUUUCCAUUACUUUCCAAAUAACAUUCAAUUUUUUCUUUUCACUCCAAGUGGUAUAAUCUUUUAUCUAUCAGAAUGUUUUUUGUUUGUUUGUUUGUUUGUUUAGUCCCGUUUUUUUCUGAUUUUAGAAGCUGAUUCUAUUUUCUAUGUAGUUACCAUUCCUAAAGUUGCCUCCACCUAAUUCCCUGUAAUUAGAGUAGAAAUUAAUCUGGUUCCAAUACGUUAGCUAGUAUCUGCUACAAUUAUGAGUCUCUUCCCACACCAUGAUAUCCUUGUUUAUCCUCCAUCUCUGAGAAAGAAGAAACAAACUUUUCAUGUAGAGACAAGGAUUUUGGUACAGUUGCUAGGAUAUCUCAGAAAGUGGUUUUAUGCAUAACAUGACUGUAAAACCCACACAUUGUUAAACAUCAACUCUUUUCAAGCUCUACUUCGUGAACCAUCCAACAGUUGCUCACUUAAUUUAUAAGGCCUGACAAAUAACUCAGAAUAUAGAUGUGAUGAUUUCUCUGUGUCAUGCAAAUUUCUUAUCUUUAUUUUCUUUUCUCAGCAUAGCCCCAUGCAUUUCAUGCCCAUGUUUGGCUCAUUAGAAUGUAUGUUAGUAACAAAAUAACUGGAGCAUUUUUUUAUUAUUUUUUCUUCUGCAAUUAAAUGUCAUUUUAUUAUUGUUAUUUUAUUCUAUUUUAGUUUAUUUUAUUGGCUCACAGUGCAUUCUAUACAGUAACCUUUUUAUAACUGACAUAUGUUAUUCCUUCAGGUAGCUUUUACUGACAAACACAAAGCUUGAUUGUGUGCAAAUGCAAGGCUGACUAAAUGGUGCUAAAGUGUAUUAUGACUGUCAGAUAUAAUCAGGCAAAAUUUUGUGGUGCUUAGACUGAUUUUUUUUCAUUGAUUUUAUUGAUCAAUGCAUUGAACAGUGUUUUAUUAUACACAAGUUGUCUUUCAUUAGUAAAUCAAGACCUCAUAGUAACAUUGUUAAAAUGGGUUAACUAAUCUAUGUAACAGCUCACCAAGCUAUUAUCCCUUUAACUCCUUAUAAUGUUGUGUCAUUAAAGGUCAAGGGGUCAUGAUAAUAAUCUCAUUUCUGUAGACCAUUAACAUGACUGAACAUUUUCAACAAAGUACUUAUGUUUACAAUGCUAUAACCCUUUGACUGCUGCGGCAACCUUUAACCACAGAAAGUCACAUGCUAGAAUCAUCAUUACGGUUCUUGCCAUGGCAAUCAAAGAGUUAAGGGCUGUGCAGUGAUUUGUUUUAUAUUUAUUAAUUUAUAUUUAUUUUUGUUUUCAUUUGAGAAGGGGGAAAUGGGGUGGGGCAGUUAUUGUCUGCUGUAAGUGUCUUAACCAAGGGAAGGGUUAAAAUGGCUUUUUAUACUAUUGCAUCUUAUGUACUUACCAUCAUUUCAUUGUGUUGUAAUUAAAAAAAAAAUAAAUCUGUCAAUAAAUAAGAGAACAGAAAAAAAGUUUCCUAAAGGCAUUGUGUUUUGCUUGGUACAUAUUACCAUAAGAUUUAUAGUUGCUGUUCUUUAGAUGCUGUAUUUACAUUACAAUCAGCUUUAGCCUCAGAAAAUGCAUGAAUAACAGAUAUUGAAAAUAUAGAGAGAUAUUAUGGAUAUAUCAGGGUAUAAAAAGGGUAAAAUAAGAAUUAGUUAAUUUUUCAAAUCAAAAUAGAGUAGAAUAUCUCAUUUAUAUGAGAAAGGUAGAGUGCCUAGCAGUGUACCUACUUCUGUAAUAUCUGAAGCGCUAUUCAUUAGACUUUACUGAUGCAGACCCUAUAAAAAAAUGAUGAACAGGUGACUAAAUUUCUUCCCUUCUUUUGUGA